GGCAGAGCAGCUGACGUACAGCUGGGCCUGUGGCCUGCGAGGGAGUCUGGGGAGCCUCCUCCCCCAGCCCACACCUCAGGGCUGGAGCUGGAUCAUGCCUCUUCUCGAGUGGGCCAUGGCUAGGACAUGGUUGCUGCUUUUCCUGGCUCUCAGGGGUCAGACUCUGCCCACAGGCACGGCCGCCAUCCCCUUUCCUUCUCUGGCUCCACCCAUCACACUGCUGGUGGAUGGGAGGCAGCAGAUGCUGGUGGUCUGCCUGGUCCUCGAUGCGGCACCCCCUGGCCUGGACAGCCCCAUCUGGUUCUCAGCCGGCAACGGCAGUGCACUGGACGCCUUCACCUACGGGCCCUCCCCAGCACCGGACGGCACCUGGACUAGCCUGGCCCAGCUUUCCUUGCCCUCUGAAGAACUGGAAGCCUGGGAGUCCUUGGUCUGCCACGCCAGGCCUGGGGCUGGGGGCCAGGGCCGGAGCACGCUCCCCCUCCAGCUAUCAGGGGACGCUUCCACAGCCAGGACCUGCUCUCAGGAACCUCUUAGGGGGACUCCGGGUCAGUUCCUGCAGCUGAGUGCCCUGCGACUGCUUCUCUUCAAGCUGCUUCUGUCCGACGUGCUUCUGACCUGCAGCCGCCUCUGUGUGCUGGCUGGCCAGCACCCACUGCCGCCACCCCCACGCGGGGCCCUGCGUCCCACCCACCGCAUCUGGACAUCGUAAUGAGAGACACAAGCCUUGGUCUUAUCCAACCCUCUGCGGUUCUUUGCUGAGCCACGUCAAGAUGGCGACACUGGACACUCCUGCCGUCUGCAGCGGGGACACACAACCCUGGCUGUGAGGAGGCCGCUGGGCCCGCAGCUCAGGACUGCCCACUCCGUGUUCCUUACUCAAGUUGUGGAACUUUUUUUUUUUUCCUGUAUGUGGUCGGCCUCUUCCUGUAAACGGGGCUUUCUGGGACUGGUCUCUGCCUCCCUCACAGCCUGAGGUUCUGGAAGGCAAAGGACUGUGUCUCUCCCAUCAGCGGGGUAGGAGGGUGAGCAUGUGCCCCGGUGUGUAAUCAGGCACAAUACAGAAGAGCUUAGGUGACACAAACACAUGGCAAAGCUUUUCAUCUGUGUGCCCGAGGGAGAUGGUGUGCCAGAUAAAGAGGAAGCAGAGAUCUGGGAGGGCUCCCUGGAGGAAGAGUGGGAACCUGGAAACUGCCUGGUGGGCCUGGGGACUGGGGAGGGGUUGUAGGGACACGAUCUACUGUGCUGUCAGUCACUGGGCAAGGGUCCUCUCCGCUCCCUUACCCUGCCUGGCACAGCUUCUCUGGGAGGGCAAGGUGGAGUCAGGGAGCCAAGGAGGUAGUGCUCAUCUGCUGCUCUUGUCCAGACUUGAAGGAAGGGUGCAGAGCCAGGAUUCCCGGGCGUCAGGAUCACAUCCAAUGCUAGCAGCAUAAGACAGUAAUUGCAAACCUCCGCGCUGCUAAUUAAAGGUCAUUAUUCAUUUGACAGGUAGUAACUCAGCAUUUGCCGGGAGCCAGGUACUAAAGAGGUUUGGCUUUGUUGAUCUUCCCUUGUUCCCCAAAGAGAGCCCUCACAUGGACCGAGGAUGAGGUUCCCACAGUGGAGAAGGAUUUCUUUUCAGUCGUGUGUGUGUGUGUGUGUGUGUGUGUGUGUGUGUGUGUGUGUGUGUGUGUGUGUGUAGGAGCCCAUGGAGACUAGAGGUGGAGCUGGAGUUAUAGACGGUUGUGAGCCACCUAAUAUGGGUGUGGGUACUCAACACAGGCUUCUGGAAGCCCAUCUCCCCAUCCCUUGAGUCGGUCUGUCUGUCUUUC